AUGUCACUCGAGCAGGUAAUCACUGGCAUCACCAGCACAUCCACCAUCCGGCGUGUCGUACUUUCACCGUCAGCGACGCAGGUAAUCUAUGAGAUCUCGCCGAUUUAUACGCCUGCAAGCCGGUCAAACGAUAUCUGCACUCUCUGGAUCUCCGACGUUGCCCCUCGCUCUCGCGCUCGCCAACUGACCUCGGGCGAGCAUAACGACUUCCGCCCCGUCUGGUCGACCGAUGAGAGCGAGGUGUACUUCCUCAGCAAUAGGCACAAGCAGUAUGGCUAUCCAGGUCCGGCAGCGAUCUACGUUCUCCCCUUGAAGGCAGGGGGUGAGGCAUAUGCCCUCACAAGCACGGAGAGCAAGUCCGGUAUAUGGUGGUUCUGGCUCAGCCCUGACGGGAGAUACAUCGCCUACAAGGCUUCGCGCGAGACAACUGCAGAAGAGCAGCGGAAGGACGAGAAUAAGGACGACGCGAUCGUUUGGGGCGAGACGAAGGAGAACGCGCAGUUGUUCCUGCUUAAUGUGGCUACUCGCCAGGUGCGACGGCUGCCUCUGGGCGCGAAAGACGACCGGCACGUUGUUGGUGUCGCUUGGAGUCCGGACUCCAAGGAACUCGUGGUCUUGAUGAAAGUGAACGUGGACAGGGAGUUCAACGAGUCGCCAUUGGCCGUGCUACGACUGUCGAUCCUCCAGAGCGCGAAGGGCAAGGUGCAUGAUGUAUGCACGUUACCGAGACUACAGUCAUCGGACGUGCGCUGGCUCGCAGGUGACAGACUCGCCCUUCUGCAGAGUUACGUCCCGGAGCAUCGCACAUCAGCGUCGACGCUCUUCUUCCGCCCUGCCUCUGCCCAGAAGAACGAGAAGGACGCCUGGCAGAAACACUAUGGUGAAGUGGAGGACGUCAUGGGCCUCACAGACAUCGGGGACGGAAGCACGCUCGCCCUUACUAUCGCGUAUGGCGUGCAUACCCGGGUCGACCUCAUCUCCACUUCUGGCCAGAAGCAGAUACUCUGGCAACCGGAAGAACUCAUGUCUGGAGCGUCGUUCGACGUCAAACAAACAAAGAACGGGGACUACGUGCUCGCCAUAGUCGCAAGCUGUGGUUCGCGUGGAGAACCGAACGAACUCUGGACAGGCACAAUCUCGGCUAGCGCGCUAGAGAAGGGCGAAACACUCAAGCUGACGGAGAAGCUGUCUUCGCAUAAUAUCUGGACGGAGGAGGUGUCCAAGCUGACCACCGAGGUCGUCAACUAUAAGGGCGAGGAUGGGACGCCCCUUGAGGGGGUGGUGACUUGGCUUAAGGGGAAGGAGAGGAAGAUGAUGCCGACUAUUAUACUCCCUCAUGGUGGGCCGUAUUAUCGUGAUACGCCCGGCUUUAGCGUGGAGUGGUAUUGGAGCAGGGAGAUCCUAGCGUUUGCGGGGUAUCUGGUGCUGUGUCCACAAUAUCGCGGCAGCAUGGGAAGAGGACACGACUUCGCACGCGCCUCGCAUUCCGGUAUGGGCACAGCAGAUUGGACAGAUAGCCUCUCCCUGCUCACGUACGCGCUCGGCCAAGGCUGGGCAGACAAGGACAGGCUGGGCCUGGCCGGGUGGAGUCAGGGCGGGUUCCUGGCUGCGUGGGGAGUGGCCCAGACAAAGGAUAUGUUCAAGGCUGCUGUGGUGGGGAGUGGGAUCUGUGAUUGGGGUGGGAUGGCUGCGGAGGCUGAGGAACCGGAUUUCCAGAGUGAUUUGUCAGGCUCAGCACCCUGGUCACCACACAGGCCCGACCUGGCUUGUUCGCCCAUCUCCCACGUGCAGGGCGUACAGACCCCGGUGCUCAUCCUCCACGGACAACAAGACACGACCGUCCCCUCAUCACAGGGUGUAGAGUUCUUCCGCGGUCUGAGGCGGAUGAGUGCGUGUCGGGAGAAACACGCGUUGGUGAUAUACCCCCGGGAGGGGCAUAUGAUCGGGGAGAAGACACAUGCGGAGGACGUGAUGCGCAGGAUUGUGGCACAUCUGGAUGAGUACUUGAAGUAG